GAGAAUUCCUUCACUCUAACACAAGGAAGUUGGAUAACUGGGUAUCUAAGUGCAUCGAGCAUUUGAGGACAAUGGCUGCAGCAUCAGACAUUGUGGUAGCGGCGAAAACUCAGAGCGUUAAAAAGGUGUCCAAACCACUGAUGGAGAAGAAAAGAAGGGCACGUAUCAAUAAAUGUUUGAAUCAACUGAAAAGUCUUCUGGAGAGUGUCUGUUCGAAUAAUAUCCGCAAGCGAAAAUUGGAAAAGGCUGACAUUUUGGAGCUGACAGUUAAACAUCUGAUGCAGCUGCAAAACACAAAAAGAGGAAUUCCCACAGUUUGUGACUCUGCUGAAUAUCACGCAGGCUACAGAAGUUGUAUGGCCACUGUCAGUCAUUAUCUUCUCGCAUCGGACGCAGACAGAGAUUCCCGCUCCAUCAUGCUGACAAAUCUUACUAGCGCUCCUAACCGCGCCAGAGUUCCUGAUUUCAGUACCGCGGAGAGCGACCCUGCACGGAUCCCUGCACCAACAAGCACACUUCGUCGACCACACAAAGUUCCGCUAAAGACAGACGCUCCUUAUCUAAACUUGCAGCAAACGUCAGACAGAUAUUAUUGCUCUACGCCGAAGAGGAUUGAGAUUUGUGAUAUGGACAAAAUAUCAUUUAACGCACAGGCUGGGGCCCGUGGAUCCGAGAAGCUCAAAACCACACACUUCAGUUUGAAAAAUUCAGAGGUUGAUGAGUGCUGCAAUUUUUCUGAAGCACUGAAGAAUUAUUGGCGGCCUUGGUAAAUCUGAAGAAUUUCACUGUUUUAACACUUAGAUUAUAAAGUAGCUCUAAUUUUGCUUCUCAUGCACUGUAUAUGUAGAUCCUAUUUUUUCAUACAUGAUGACAAAUGUUUAUUUUAAUAAUAAAAGACUACAAAAUUGGAUUGAAUUUGCUUAUUUAUAUAA